AUGAGCGACGACGCCGACGCGCCGGCGGCGACCGUGGCCGCGACCACCGAGCCCGACGCCGACGCCCGGGACAUGGCGCUGCACGGCGACGAGAUCCAGGACUCGUUCACCAAGAUCGGCGCCUUCAAGACCGCGUACAUCCGCCACUCGAUGGAGCUCAUGGAGGCCAUUGCGGCGACGCCGUCGCCUGUCGACAUGAACGAGCUGGCGCCGCUCGUGCAGCGCCGCGACCAGCUGCGGAAAGAAGUGCACGAGCGCAACGUGGUCAUGAAGGGCCUCAUCGACCGCCUCCGCGCGCUGCAGCAGGCGCUGUGCAUCCUCCAGGGCAUGGACCAUGCCAACGAAGACGACGUGGCCGCGAUCGCAAGCACGCGGGCCAUGGAGGAAGUAUAA